UCCAAUUUUCCCAGAUGAAUCAGAACUUUGGGGCUUUUACUUUGAAAAACAAUAAGAGGAAGUUGAGCAUGUCGUCCAGCUGCAGAGUUCCUACACACCGAGAUGGACUGGAAUGAUGACGGAAAUGGUCACGGCCACAUGCAUGACAACUGUCAGCAUGGGCACUCGGGCCACUCUCACAGUCACGGGCCAAGAGUGGCAGGUUUUGGCGGGAUGACGAACCUGUACAUGCCURCUUAUGGACAGCUGGGUAAAAGCGCAGACCAGACGAUGGACAUCAGUCAGCAGCCGAAGAAACGGUCCCAUAUGGAUGACAGCAGCACUUGGGACAUUGUGAAAGCAACACAGUUUGGGAUCCUGGAGCGCUGUAAGGAGCUGGUGGAAGCAGGAUAUGAUGUCAGGCAGCCAGACAAAGAGAACGUCACUCUUCUUCACUGGGCAGCCAUCAACAACCGCUCAGAGCUGGUCAAGUAUUAUAUGUUCAAAGGGGCAGCCAUUGACCAGCUGGGAGGAGACCUCAACUCCACUCCGCUUCACUGGGCCAUAAGACAAGGCCACCUCCCGAUGGUGAUCCAGCUGAUGAGAUAUGGAGCAGACCCCUCCAUCGCAGACGGCGAGGGUUACCGUGCGCUCCACCUCGCCAUCCUCUUCCAGCACAUGGCCAUCGCAGCUUACCUCCUCGCUAAAGGAGAGGAAGUCGAUGUGGCGGACUGUAAUGGACAGACGCCACUGAUGCUGGCAGCCCAGAAGAUUAUUGGGCCUGAGCCCACAAACUUUCUGAUCAAAAAUAACGCCUCUGUGAGUGCUGUGGACAAAGUGAACAGGAACACUCCGUUACACUGCGCAGUGCUCGCAGGAAACGUGGAUGCUGCCCACAUCCUGUUGGAGGCAGGGGCCAGCGUGGACGCUGAAAACAUCAACGGUCACACACCGAUCGACCUGGCUCACCAGGUGCACAGCCCGCUGCUCGUCCACAUGCUCAACCACAUCAAACAGGAGAGGAUUCGCUCCAGUUCCCGCUGUCUGCGCUUUGUCAACAGAUACAAGGUUUUUAUGCAGUUUUUGUUCUGCACUAUCAUCUACGGUUGUGUUAUAACGAUAGUCGACAUGAACUCAGAGUCCUGGUUACUCAAAGGCAUCCUGCUGGCCUGUGUAAUAGGUGGGAUCAAUUUAGCUUCAAGGAUCUUCCCGACCGCAGACUUUCAUUCUUUCCUGCCACCUUCAGCUCUCAUGGCCUCCAUCUUCUGGAUAAUCUUCACCUGGUUUCUCUGGUUUCUGCCAGAUCUACCCAGCGCCACAGUUCAGGUGCUGUUCACUCUGAACGCCACCGCUCUCCUCUACUACUACCUGCGCACAUGCAGGACAGACCCAGGUUUCAUCAGAGUCACAGAAGAGAAGAAGAAAAUGAACGUGGUGCUGUUGGCCGAGGCCGGCUGUUUGGAUCCCAGAAUAUUUUGCACAUCCUGUAUGAUAAGGAAACCAUUAAGAGCCACUCACUGCUUCAACUGUGACGCCUGUGUGGCAAAGCAGGACCACCACUCCGUCUGGACCAACACCUGCAUCGGUGCAAGGAACCAUUACUACUUUGUCCUCUUCCUGUUCUCCCUGAUGCUGUUUGGCUCCUGGAUGAUUUACGGUUGUUUUAUGUACUGGUCCAUUCACUGCACAUUUCAUUAUGAGGAUCAGGGUCUGUGGGGGGUCAUCACAGUCCUGGUCACCUGCUCCCCCUGGUUGCUCAGCAUCUUCGUGCUGUCAUUUUAUCACACCUGCUGGUCCAGUUUGGUCCUGCUGGUGCAGCUCUACCAGAUUGCUUUCCUGGGAAUAACAACAGCAGAGCGAACAACUCUGRUCUUCCAGCAGAAGAAGCUAAGACAACCCGUAUCUAUGAGACAGAAUCCCUUCAAUAUGGGUGUGGUGCAGAACCUGGUCUCGUUUUUCCACCUGCGCUGCUGCGGCCUCUUCAAACCCACUGUUGUGGACUGGUCCGAGCAGUUCCAGCCCCACCGGGACCAGUACCUGUUUGAACAAAUCAACGUGAUCUGACCUUCUCCUCCCCAAGCUCUCCCCUCCACCACCCCCCAGCUCAGGGUCAGACUCUGGUUCUGGACCAAAAGCACAGAAUGUAUUCAAUUAUUUUUUUCGUCUGGUGGCUUUUUGUAAAAAGAAACCACGGUUCUAAAAGUUGGAGCAACGUAACGAUCUUGUGGAUAUUGUUCCAUUCAACUGAUCUUUAGAGACUGCUGCUGCCUUACACUUGACCAAUUAAAGAGAAAAGAGUCUGAAGUUUUGGUUUGAUAAAAGGGACAAGAAGAAUCUUUUAAAGGCGUAAUUGUUCUGAGCAUUUGUUGUUUUUAUGAACACAUUAAACCUAUUUUUUAUGUGGUUUGAUGGAUACAGACUCUUUGUAAACAGUUUGGUUUUUUUGCCUUUUGUAAAAGCUGCAUGUGUUUUAAUAACAAAUGACCACUAUACUUCAAUAAAGUGACCAUGUGCCUGUCUUCUUACC